AUGAAUUCGUACGACGAAAAACCCACCGCGACGCACCUCGACUCGGCCGCCGAGUUCGUCGGCGACAACACCUCCACCUAUACGGAAGAGCAAGAGCGCAAAUGCGUGCGCCGGGUCGACGCGGUCCUCAUGCCCGUCUUGUUCUUUACCAUGGCGCUGCAGUACAUGGACAAGGCGUGCCUGACGGGCGCCGCGAUGUUCGGCAUCCUAACCGAUCUCGAUUUACUCCAGGUGAAUAGCUCGGGGGUCGAUCUGUCGCGGUAUUCGUACUGCACGAUGAUUUUUUAUUGGGGGUAUCUUUUGGGCACACCCCCGGCUGUGUAUCUCUCGCAAAGAGCGCCGCUGGCAAAGUAUGUUAGCAUUAUGAUGACGAUUUGGGGAGGCGUCACAGUCUGCACCGUCGCCGUGAACUCGUACCAGGGUCUGCUUGUGCAGAGGUUCUUCCUCGGCUUCGCCGAAGCCAGCGUCUCUCCCGCCUUCAGCCUCAUAACAGCGAUGUGGUACCGGCGCAAAGAACACCCGCUCCGCAUCGCAAUCUGGUACUCCGCCACUGGGCUGGGCACGCUCGUCGGCGCAAUGCUGCUCUACGCAAUCGGCCAAAUCGACGGCGCGCUGGCCGCCUGGCGCUACCAAUUCAUGAUCAUCGGCUGCGUGACGAGCGUCUGGGGAAUGGCCAUCUGGUUCAUCCUUCCCAGCAAUCCGAUGACUGCGCGAUUUCUCACACCUGAGUUGAGACGGGUUGCGAUUCUGCGAAUCGCGGACGAGCAGAUCGGGAUUGAGAAUAAGAAGGUCAAGAAGGAGCAGGUGCGCGAGGCGCUCUGUGAUCCCAAGGCGUGGGCGUAUGUCGCUGUGACGUUCUUUAUUAUGCUGACGAAUGGGGCGUUGACGGGGUUCGGGACGAUUAUCACGAAAAGCUUUGGGUUCUCCGAGAUCAUGACGAUUCUGCUUAUUGGGGUUGUCGGGGCUGUGGGGUUUGUUGCGUUGUUGAGCUUUGGAAUUAUCUCCGUGUUCAUCCCCAACAUGCGCAUCUACAUCGGCACAUUCUCCUGCCUCCCUGUCAUCGCCGGCGCAGCAAUUAUCUGGCGCGCCGACUGGUCGGCUGCGAAAAUCGUCCCGCUCUGGGGCAUGUACCUCAUGGGCUUCUUCCCCGUUGUGUACGUCAUGACACUCUCCCUCGCAACCGCCAACACAUCAGGGCACACGAAGAAAGCUGUGACGGCAGGCAUGAUCUGGGCCUCGUACUGCAUCUCGAACGGGAUCGCGCCGCUGCUUGUGUUUGCGAACGAGGAGAUCAACCAGUACCCGACAACGUUUAAGAUUGUGAUUGCGGGGGGCACGGUUGGUGGGGCGGUGCUGGUUGCGUUGAGGGGGUACCUGAUGUGGGAGAACAAUAGGCGGGAUCGCGUGCAUCCGGUUGAUGCGGGGGAGGUUGCGGCGAUGGCGUUGCUGGACCGGACGGAUAGGGAGAACUUAAAUUUUCGGUAUCAGAUGUAG